GGCCAAGGACAUGGCCGUGACCAACACCAGGUCCUUGCCUUUCUAGAGCCCAGAGUGUGUCAAGGGAGACAGCCACGUAACCCCACAAAUAUAAGCCGGAUUUACUCUGGGGUAGCGAAGCCCGGGAGAUGUGAGAGCUCAGGGGAGAUGCAGCUGAAUGUGAGGUUUGGGGGAGGCUCCCUUGACUCCUGAAAGCCAAGUAGGAGCUAGGCAGAGAAGAGGGUUAAUAACUAAUAUUUAUAUAAGACAGAAGAAAAAGAUGUCAUUCCGUAAAGUAAACGUUAUCAUCCUGGUCCUGGCUGUUGCUCUCUUCUUACUGGUUUUGCACCAUAACUUCCUCGGCCUGAGCAGUUUGCUGAGGAACGAGGUUUCAGAUUCAGGAAUUGUGGGGCUUCAGCCUGUAGACUUUGUCCCAAAUGCUCCCCAACAUGUGGUAGAUGGGAGACAAGAGGAGAUUCCUGUGGUCAUUGCUGCAUCUGAAGAUAGGCUUGGGGGGGCCAUUGCAGCCAUAAACAGUAUUCAGCACAACACUCGCUCCAAUGUGAUUUUCUACGUUGUUACACUCAACGGUACAGGAGAACAUCUCCGGUCCUGGCUCAGCAGCAGUACCCUGAAAAGCAUCAGGUACAAAAUUGUGAAUUUUGACACUAAACUUUUGGAAGGAAAAGUAAAGGAGGAUCCUGACCAGGGGGAUUCCAUGAAACCAUUAACCUUUGCAAGGUUCUACUUGCCAAUUCUGGUUCCCAGCGCAAAGAAGGCCAUAUAUAUGGACGAUGAUGUAAUUGUGCAAGGUGAUAUUCUUUCCCUGUACAAUACACCACUGAAGCCAGGACAUGCAGCUGCAUUUUCAGAAGACUGUGAUUCAUCCUCUACUAAAGUUGUCAUCCGUGGAGCAGGGAACCAGUACAAUUACAUUGGAUAUCUUGACUAUAAAAAGGAAAGAAUUCGUAAGCUUUCCAUGAAAGCCAGCACCUGCUCAUUUAACCCUGGAGUUUUUGUUGCAAACUUGACAGAAUGGAAACGACAGAAUAUAACUAACCAGCUGGAAAAAUGGAUGAAACUCAAUGUAGAAGAAGGGCUGUACAGUAGAACACUGGCUGGCAGCAUCACAACACCACCUCUGCUGAUCGUAUUUUAUCAACAGCACUCCACCAUCGACCCUAUGUGGAAUGUUCGCCACCUUGGUUCCAGUGCUGGAAAACGAUAUUCACCCCAGUUUGUUAAGGCUGCCAAGCUGCUCCACUGGAAUGGACACUUUAAGCCAUGGGGAAGAACUGCUUCAUAUACUGAUGUCUGGGAAAAAUGGUAUAUUCCGGACCCAACAGGCAAAUUCAACCUAAUCCGAAGACAUGUGGAGAUCUCAAAUAUAAAGUAAAUAAAUAUGCUAUAAGCAUUUCUCAGGAAAUCCUGGAAAAUAGUAUGUGUGGGAAGUAACACUUGCUAGGCUUCAAUGCCUGUUUGCAGCAACAAAGAGACAAGGGACAUUUCAGCUGGGUAAAGAGGACAAACUGCCCCAUCUGGCAGUCAGCUUCCCAGACAGACUAUAAAUAUGCCUCCAUCUGCCUUAUCAAGAGUUUGCUUAUGACAGUGCUGAACGACCAGAGGUGAAUGUACUUAGAUACGGCUGGUACAGCUAGUUCAGCACUGCUGCUUGGUUUUAAUUUUGUGACCUGUGGCUGAAUCUGUAAAUAAAGUAAAACUACAUGUUUCAAUAA